AUGUUCGUGCAGAGAGAGAAACACGAUGAGGGAGGAGGAGGUUGCCUCUGUUGUUGCCAAGCCGUCGCUGGCGGGGUUGGGUUUGCCGUCGCUGUUGAGCUGUGUGCCGCCGUUGGUGUCUGGAUCACCAUUCUAUUUCUGCUGCAACUCGCCACUGUCUUGAUUCUUGAAAUAGACACCUAUAGAUACCACAGGCACUCUAUGUCUGAUCCUGGCAGCACAUACCGUACAUGUGACGAGAUUUCCAAUGUAAGACAGGAGCGUGAUCCAAUUGAGAGAGUGAGGAAGCUAUUAUUGGCUCAUGGCAUUGCUUCUGAGAAGGCGCUGAAGGACAUUGAGAAACAAGUCAGAAAAGAUGUCGAUGAUGACAUCGCUAAAGCAAAGGAAUGCCCAAUGCCAGACCCAUCUGAACUAUUUACCAGGGUAUAUGUUAAGGGUUUAGGAGUUGAGAAAAACCAUGUUGGAAGGGAAAUCAAACUUGGGUCAAAUUUUUAA